AUGGCUGAGGAGUCUGAGACGGGACAGGUCGCCGCACCUGCACCUGCGCCUGCGCCUGCAGCCGCCGCAGCCCCGCCGGCGCCGCGACCAGAGCCGGCGGAAGCGGUCGAGAUCGCCGACGAGGCAUACGCCACGGAUGAUACAUCGUCAAUGGACGAGAGAAUCUCAUCCUAUACUGCUUCGCUCACGUCCAGCGUCGUCGACUAUCCCAUUGAGUAUGGUCGCCGCUACCAUGCGUAUCGUCCCGGAUCUUACAAAUUCCCUAACGAUGAGUUCGAAAUGGACAGACUUGAUCUCGCGCACGCGAUGAUGGUCAAGGCGAUGGGCAGCGUUCUCUUCCGCGCCCCGCUCAAGAAGGAAAAGGUUCAUCGUAUCCUCGACAUCGGAACCGGCACUGGAAUCUGGGCUGUUGAGAUGGGAGACAUUUUCGAGAAUGCCGAGGUAAUUCACACCCGUUCCUCACCCACCGACGAGAACACGAGACUCAAGAAAUGGCAGGUUCUUGGCAUUGAUUUGAGCGCUAUAACGCCUGAAUGGCACCCCCCAAAUGUCAAGUUCGAGAUCGACGACAUCGAGGAGUCCUGGGUCGGCCACAAGAAGUACGACUUCAUCUUCUGCCGGUACAUGGGCGCCUCGAUCAAAGACUGGCCCAAUUUAAUGAAGAACAUUUACGACAACCUUGCCCCGGGCGGAUGGGCUGAGUUCCAAGACGUCAACACCACCUUCUACUCCCAAGACGACACCUACUCCUCGGAAACCGCGACGGCCAAGUGGAUGAACGGCUUCAUGGAGGCCUGCUCCGCGACGGGGCGCGACCCCAGCGUCGGGCCGAAGCUCGAGGGCUGGGUGCGCGACGCGCAGUUCGCCAACGUCGUCGCGGACCGCAUCCGCGCGCCGCUCGGCCCGUGGCCCAAGGACAAGUGGUACAGCGAGCUCGGCAUGAUGAACCUGAUCCUGACGCUCAACGGGCUGGAGGCGCUGUCCGUGAAGCUGUUCUCGGAGAUGCUGGGCAAGACGCAGACGGAGAUUGCGGUGCAGCUGGCGCUUGUGCGCAAGGAGCUGAAGAGUAACUCGUUCCAUGCGAUGUUUGAUAUUCAUGUUGUUUAUGGCCAGAAGCCGGCUCAACCUUUGCAAUAG